CUGAAUUGAGCUCGAGUAUCUUUUGAGUCAAUUCCGAAUAAGUCGUGAACUACAAUGUUCUAUACCUUGACCGGCUCUGUUCUUCUGAGAAAUCAGGCAUAUAGGCCUGAAAUCAAGCAAAACUCACUACAAAACAGUGCAUGAAAAAUGAAGCUCUUCCUAAUUUUAGCAGACAAGUGUUUGUUUACAGUUCACAGAUUACACUUCCCAACUCAGUUUCUGUUGUCUUCUUCAUUUUCUCAUACUCAUCCUCAUCUAAAACCUUAAUCCUGCCAAAUUUCUCAUUUGUAACCCCCAAAAUAUACAUAUUUCCAAAAUCAACCCUAAAUAAUACUCAUUUAUAUAUCUCAUUAUCAUCACCAACUUUUCUUACACAAUUCCAACAAUGGCUUCAUCUCUUAAUUUCCUCCUCAUAAUUUUCCUUAUUAUCAUUUCUUUUACUCAUUUCUCAAACUCUCAAAUACCUUCAAACCCAAGCAAUCUCAUGUUAACAGUCCAUAAAGAUUCUGCUACAAAUCUUCAUGUAGCCAGAAUUACCAAAAGAACCCCACUAAUCCCAAUUUACUUUGCAAUUGAUCUUAAUCAAAAUUUCAUGUGGGUCAAUUGUGAAAAGAAUUAUGUGUCAUCAACAUAUAAUGCACCAAAAUGCCACUCUACACUAUGUUCUAAAGCUAACGCUCAAUAUUGUCAUAAAUGCCCCUCUAAGGCUAGACCAGGGUGCCAUAAUAACACAUGUGGGCUCAUGUCGGUUAACCCAGUGACUCACCAAAGUGCCAUGGGUGAGCUAGCUUGGGAUAUGGUUUCGGUUCAGUCCACUAAAGGGUCUAACCCUGGUCCUAUGGUGGUUAUGAACCAAUUCUUGUUUGUUUGUGCACCAGCUAGGCUGUUACAAAGGGGGAUACCAAAUUAUGUUCAAGGCAUGGCUGGAUUAGGACAUGGUCCUAUUUCUUUACCAAAUCAAUUUGCUUCCCAUUUUGGGUUCAAACCAAGCUUUGCUUUGUGCCUCGGUUCUUCUUCUGGUUUUGUUUUCUUCGGUUCGGGUCCUUUCUAUAUGCGUCCAGGUAUUGAUAUUUCAAGUAGAGUGGGCUAUACACCACUCAUCAUCAGCCCAUGGGGAGAGUACUACAUAAAAGUGACAUCAAUCAGAAUUAAUCAAAAAAAUGUUCCACUAAACACAUCUUUAUUAAACAUAAAUGAAAAAUGGACCGGUGGAACAAUAAUAAGUACAACAAGACCAUACACAGUUCUUGAACACUCAAUUUACAAAUCUUUCACCAACUUUUUCACCAAGCAACUCUCACCAAUGCCCCAAAUACAGCCAGUGGCACCAUUCAGCGUAUGCUACGAGAAAAACAAAUUUACAAGCACCCGAGUCGGGCCUGGUGCGCCUACCGUGGACCUCGUGUUCGGUAAAAAAGGCACGGUGUGGACCAUUUUCGGAGCGAAUUCUAUGGUCGAGGCUAGACAUGGGGUGCUAUGUUUAGGGUUUGUUGAUGGAGGGUUGCACCCUAGAGCUUCAAUUGUCAUUGGGGCUCAUCAGUUAGAGGAUAAUUUGGUUCAGUUUGAUUUAGGUAGGUCAAGACUUGGGUUUAGUUCUUCUUUGUUGUUUCAAAGGACUAAUUGUGCAAAUUUUAAUUUCACUACAACUUCAUAGAAUAAUGGGAGAGGGAAAUUAAAUCAAUGUAUGGUUUUGUAAAAUUGGUGUUGUAUAAGUAUGUAAUGUUAGCUUGUUAAUGUUAUAUGUGAAUGGAAU